AUGCAGUCACGAGUUAAAGGAAGGAAUCCCAAUGACAUCGAGGAAUACAGCACGAGGGUUGAGAGAAGCUUUGGCAUGCCAGGAGCGAAUGUGGGCGAGGCUAAACUUUUUGCUAGAAAUAAGAUACAUCCAUUGUUUCGACACCGCCUUAAGUUGACAUUUGAACUUCCUACUCCUACUUUAGUUUUGGGUCUUCCCAUCGAACAGCAUAUAUGUUGCAGGGGCAAGGAUAGCCAAGGUGAGGAGGUUAUUAAACCAUAUACGCCUACUACAUUGGAUUCUGAUGUUGGUUAUUUUGAAUUAGUUAUUAAGAUGUAUCCUCAAGGAAGGAUGUUACACCAUUUCAGAGAGUUGUGUGUUGGUGAUUAUCUUGCUGUGAAGGGUCCCAAGGGGCGGUUCAGGUAUCAACCUGGUCAAGUUAGAGCAUUUGGGAUGAUUGCUGGAGGCUCUGGCAUUACUCCAAUGUUCCAAGUAGCCAGAGCCAUAUUGGAGAACCCAAAAGACAUGACAAACGUACACCUUAUUUAUGCCAAUGUUACAUAUGAGGACAUUCUUUUGAAGGAAGAGUUGGAUAGCAUUGUUGCCAACUACCCUGGUCGCUUCAAAGUCCACUACGUUUUGAACCAGGUUUGUUGCCUUUCUCAUGUGGCUAUCUCCUAACAUGUUUUCUUUCAUUCUUUAUCUGGCUCAGAUUUCUGUAAAUCUCGUAGGAGCAGAGAAGUUUUAUCGGAAUAUGAAGUCCCGAAAUAUUCUUCUCCCCUUUUUCAUGCAUAGCACCAAUGCAAGUACAAAUAUGACCGAUAAUACUGAUAAGCUUU